AUGGCGGACGGAGAUAACGCACUUUCAGAACUGGGAGCAUUGACGAGAAAACUAAAUUACUCCAAAAAUUCGUGGACUGAGGUUAAAGCUACGUUGGAAAGACUUAAGACAUGGGCGGUGGCUAAAGAAAACAGGUAUGAUCAAAAGUCCGUCUGUCGCACAAUUUGUCGUGCUCUGUGAUUUCCUUAACGUCGAAAUUCUUGAUACACUGAUACUUACGGCUUGGGCUUGAAAGUACCUUCAAAUCAAAACGACAGAUUCGAAGAUCUGAGUUCAAUAUUAUAACAUAUAUCAUAUUUCUUACUUUUUCAUGGUUUGCAUGUCAUAGAUGUAUGGUAUCAGAGACGAAUAUUUUGCAGAUGAAAGAUAUUAUAACGGCCUGCAAAAAUAGCAUGUGCGCACAAACAGGUGAAUUAGAAGAAAAUCAGCUGAUCCUUUGCCUUAGAGCUUCGGCAGAAGCUUUUAGAUUCCUGAGAAACUGCUGUGCGGCAACACCCAAGAAUCAGAACAGUAUAGCGUAAGUACAUCCUGCUAGUUUUUUUUAUCAUUCGUUUCUUUCACAGAGGUCAAGUUCGUUAUCCAGAAAAACAUCUAAAUGCAUGAUAUAUGAUUUUAUUGACAGAUCGUUAGGAGUUAUCGAGGAAGUACUUAAUACAAAUGUGCUUUUGCUAAAACCAAAGUUCCAAGAGAAUGAAAGAGGUGAACCAUAUAAAACAAUUGUUGGUUUUUUCUGAAUUAUAAUUUAUUGAUUGAAGAAAAUUUGUAUUUUCAUGCAAGACUUACCCAUCUUUCAAACUUGUGAGAGUUGCUUACUAUUGGGCCUUAUAUAUGUAGGGUAUGUUUGGUUACCAUUGUGAGAGAGAAUGUAUUUACAGCUAAAAUCUGGUACUUUUACUUAAAAUGUCUUCUAGCAUCAGAUGCAGUUAAUGAUGCUGUAAAGAGUAGUCUUCAGCUUCUGGGAAACACAGUGGUGAAAAAUGAUGCUACUCAGCAGUUUGUAUGGAAUAUGUGCUUCCCAAACUUCUUCUUGUAAGUAUCCUAAUAUGUUUAUCUGUAACUUUAAGAUUCAAACUCAUGAGUUGUUGCAAAUUGCCCCACCAAAGAAUUUCAAGGCCUUGUUUUUAGCUGAUUUGUAUGUAUAUACCUCACAGGAGUGUGCUGUCUUCAGUUAAUCACAACAUACAGGACUGCUUGUGCAUGAUUAUUUACAACUGCUUGAAUGAGCAGCACAGGUAACUUAGGAGCAAGAACUGUUGUUUUCAUUUUUAAAUAAAUAAGAAAUUAUUUAAACUUGAUUUGUCUUUCAUUAUUGUAUUUUAAUAUUCAAUCAAUGACAGGAUUCAGCUGGUAAGUGCUCAUGAUGGACUCAAGAUGAUCACCCAUGUUAUACAUUUGUGUGCUGAAAAGUCUCAACUUGAAUGGGGGUUCGUAUGUCUCAUGGCUGAUUUACAACUCUUCAUUCCAUAUCAUGAGCUGCAUCUGUGUCUUUUGAUUACAUUUUUAAUUUGUUUGUUUCAGGUAUUUUAUAUUAGAUUAUUUGAUCUGCAAUGCACUAUUACCUGAGAUAUACAAAGGAAUUGAAUUUGAUCCAUUAGCUAGGUAAGAUCAUAUUUUUCUACACCAACCAGUGGUUGCUUAAAUCUAUUUAAUAAUUCUUUACAAUUUGAAACAGAAUGUAUCUAGAUACAAAGAGACAUGUUACACAACUGAAUUAACAGCUCUCUGAAAUGGUUGGCUCAGUCAUCCUUCUAUGAUUAAAGACUUUUUCUCAUUCUUAUCGUAACAGCAGCACAUUUACUGAAGCCGUCUGACAUAAAAGAGUUGCCUCAUGGCUCAAAUUGUGUGCAAAAGAGAAAUGCAAGCAUUUUGUUUUCUUACUGUUUAGUUAGUAACAGUCCAUAAGGAUAAGCAAAUGUUAGCAGACAUUCAAAAUUAAUUUUGGUUUAAAUGUUACAGCCAACUAAAAAAACUUUCCUCCAAAUUUUUGCAUCACAAAAGUAUUUUUGAUUGAUAACUGUUGUUUUAACCUUUUCAGGAUAAUCUUACUAGACUUGAUUCAAGUCAAAAUAACAGGUAAAGGAAGUUACAUAUUGUUUAUAAUAACAGUUUAGUUUUUUGGUUUUAUUUGGCAUGUGCAUGGCAAAAGAGAGUCUCUGGGUACAAACAACUAUUUUUACUUUCACUAAUUACCAUGCCUGUUGCAUGUCUGUUACAGACAUACGUCAGUGUUUAAUUUUGUCUAGAAGCAGGUAACCCUUUGCUAUCAGGUUACCGGUAGUUGGUACAUCAAUUCAAGUGUUAUUUUUUGUUAUUGAAUUUUCACAGAUGCUUUAGAUGAGCCAAGUAUCAAAUUAAGAGAAGAACAUGUGAAACAUGGUUUUUAUACAGACUCCUUAGCUUACAUUGCUGAUGAGUUUGAAAAGCAGGCUGAAGACAUUAUACAACAACUACAACAGCUGAGUCCAUCAUCUGAUGACUUUGUAUGUAAUUUUAGAUUUGUAUUUUUGCAAAAAUCUAAUAUAUAUAUAUAUAUACAUACAGGGAGUGUGCAAGUCCAUUUUCACAUGGAACAGUGCUCAAUAUGUUGAAGCAGAGCGGAAUAAAUAUUUUAAGAGGAAAAAAGGACACAACUACAUAUUCCGACAAGCCUGUUUUGUUUAUCGCUUUACUCUUCAGGGGUUUAAACCAGGUCAGGAAAAUGUAGUUGUGUCCCUUUUUCCUCUUAAAAUAUUUAUAUUUAUAUUUUUAUAUAUAUAUAUAUAUAUAUAUAUAUAUAUAUAUAUAUAUAUCUUGAUUUGUCUCAUAUUAUGUUUGCAAAUUGGUAAUCACUUGUCCCUGUAUUUAGUUUCAGGUCUUGAUCAUUACGCGGCUGUUAAGUGUAUUAUCCAUUGGCACAGGACUACAAUCAAACCUCACUGGUCUACAAGAAAGAACCCCAUUACUUACCACCUGUGUAGGUUUGUUGAAAGUUUUAUUGUGUCUGGUCAAAAAGGACCCUGGGCCAAUGCUUUUGUAAAUGACCAUAGGCCUUAGCCUUCAGCUGUUAAAUGACUUUUGGGAGGGUUGCUGCUUAUGGUUUGAGGAAGAGGGACCAUGAAGGAGAAACAAUACAGUUGUAUAAGUGACAAUUAUUGGUAUUAAUUUACCAAAUUCACACAUUCAUGUAUCAGAGAGAAAUACAUGUACUUUUUUUAGUUUUUUAAGGUACUCUCUUACCUUUUACACUGAUGUAUAUAGUAGCUCUUAAUAUUUGUUUUGUAUAUAGAGAGGAAAUGACAGGUUUUUAUUUCUGAAAAAACUAUGUUUUAGGCUUAUUAAAGGAGACUACUAAUUCAGAGGUAAAGGAAACUUUCAGCAAUGCACACUCCAUACCACAAGGUGUAGACUCUGGGAAACUGAGUCCUAGUCACGGCUUUCAGAGAGAUCUAGUGCGAGUCAUAGGGAAUAUGUGUUACAAACAUGCAGCCAAUCAGAACAAGGUAAGGAUGUUUUUUGAGUGGUAAAAUUUUCCUUGUAGCUUUAGAAGAAUUAUAUUUCAUUAGGAGAAUUAUUUAUAAUUAAAUACUCAUCACAGAUUGUGUUUAAUUAUUGUGUACAUUGUUGCAGGUACGUGACCUAGGAGGAAUUCCAUUACUACUGGAUCACUGUAAUGUGGAUGAUCACAAUCCUUGUAUCCUUUCCAAUUUUAAUUGGUUAUUAUUUUGCACUGUACUCAGAAUUUCAUUUGGCUCACUACAGAAUCAGCUUUGAGAAGGAUUACAUCAAAAUGAAUGGCAAGGCAUUUGAAGAAGAGCACUAACUUUAUGAUCUACUGUACAUUUGUGGGGGGUUGUUUUUUUCGGCUCAUUAUAUUUUUCUGUCCAUCUUUGUUUAUUCUUUCUUCCUUGACCUUGAGUUCAGUCAUCUGUCAGUGGGCCAUCUUUGCAAUCAGAAACCUCUUGGAGAAUAAUAAAGAAAACCAAAGAAUUGUUUCAGCCAUGGAUUGCCAAGGGCUAGCUGACACUUCACGGCUAAGAGAGCUGGGAGUUGAGGCUGUUGAAUUAGACAAUGGGAGAAUCAAACUUGUUCCAAUAAAAAAAAUUCAUAAUUAA